AUGGCGCCCAACAACCGUUCCCCAGGCCUGCCCGCAAUCCCGGACAUGGUGCAGGGAGAGACUGAGCACCUUAUCCCGGAGCUGGAAGAAGCCCUCAGCUCAACCGGCGAGACCAUUGUCACGUUCGAAGAUGACGAGUGCCGCCCGGCCCGUUCCCACAGCACCAGCACCCAGAACUCGCGUCAACCGCGGCGGACCGUCCUGCCAUCCCGCUUUCCGUCGACGAGCAGCAGCACCUCGCCGGCAUUCUACGCCGCCCUCCCGGUGUCCCCGCGUCACUACGACGUUACGUGUCAGGUCCAGCCUCUACAACUGCCAUCAUCCAAAAAGAAGGUCUACGAAUCGUGGACAAUCACGUACCACCACCCGGCGCCGCGCCCGCCGGUGCGCGUCCGCGUCCUGGGCCUGACCCUCUUCCGCCUCUCGGGCCGCCCGUCCGAGGGCAGCCCGGGGGAGGGGGAGGGCGGGUCCGUCCUCUCGGUCGUGCCCAACACGCAUUUCUCGCAGGACGAGCUGGCCGGGACCGUGGCCAUGCACGAGGCCUCGGUGGCGGCGCACGUGGCGCGGCGCAACAAGGGAAACAAGGGACAAGGGCGGCGGUGGUGGUGGCGGCCGAAGACCACUGCUAAUACCCUCUGCAAGCCCCGGCUGGUCGGCUCCGGCUCCGGCUCCGGCGCGGCGAGUCGCGGUCGUGGUGGUUGUUGGUAUGUCAAUGACCAAGAAGCCCAGGAUGGCGGCGACGGGAACGGGACCGGGACCGGGACCGGGACCGGGACCGCUAAGACCGGGAUUGCGAUCGGGAUCGGGACGGGGAGUUGGGACGCGGCCGUGUACGCGGCGGACCUUGAGAAGCGGAUCCGGCGGCUGGACUGGAAGGUGCAGGACGAGAUCUACGAGCUGCUCAGCGACCGGGUGCAGAGCAGCAGCAACGCGUUCCGGCGCCGGGACUGGCGCGUCGUCGUCCUGACCGAAGUCCCGGGCGGCGAGCUGACCGACCAGCCGACCGGGUUCCGGGCCUUCGGCGAGAGAGAGAAGGGGGGGAGGAGGAGGAGGUGGGGGAGGAGGGAAAGCAGGGGCAGCACGUGCCGCACGCCGCCGCCACCGCCGCCGCACGACAUGCCCGUGACCGAGUACCGGUUGAUCCUGAGGGGCACCGAGACGAAGGCGAACGACCAGGGCUGGGGGUACUACAACCGGUACAGUCGCCCCUGGAGGGACGCGGACGAGAAGGAGCUGGGACACCGAAGGCGGUGGUCCACCAUGACGGGCAAGAACGAGAAGUAUGUGGACUUUUGA